AUGGGUUCAAAUCGAGACUCAUCCAAUGAACAACCCAAUUUGUCCUCGCCAAAGAACAUGUACAAGGAUCCAGAUGAUGGCCGCCAACGCUUCUUGCUGGAACUCGAAUUCGUUCAGUGCCUUGCUAAUCCCACCUACAUCCACUAUUUGGCUCAGAAUCGGUAUUUUGAAGAUGAAGCUUUUAUUGGGUACCUGAAAUACCUUCAAUAUUGGCAAAGACCUGAGUAUAUAAAGUACAUAAUGUAUCCACAUUGCCUCUUCUUUCUCGAGCUUCUCCAAAAUCCCAACUUUCGGAACGCAAUGGCGCAUCCUGGAAGCAAGGAACUGGCACACAGGCAGCAAUUUUAUUUUUGGAAGAACUAUCGGAACAACCGGUUGAAGCAUAUAUUACCAAAACCACUUCCUGAACCUGCUGCUGUGCCUCCAACAUCUGUUCCUCCUCCUUUGCCACCUCCGGCCAUUGCAGCUGCUCCUCCUGCUCCUCCCGUUCCUUCCCCUGCUGCUGGUCCAGUUCCUUCUCCAAUGCAGUAUGGAAUGCCCCCUGGAUCUGCACUUGCUAGAAAUGACACAAGAAGCAGUGCAGUUGAUCGAAGAAAGAGAAAGAAAGAUGGGUGA